CCCAAAACAAUAAGUUUCAUAUGAUCCAUUGAUCGAUUCGUGACCGAAAUGGAUCGAAGGAAGAAGAAGUAUGGCGGGAAUCAGGAAGCAGCUGCAGCCAGUAGUACUGAAAUGGGAGUGGACGACGAUGAUAAUGGGUUCCCGGUGUAUUCAGCCAGAUCUCAGCUGGAUUUGGAUGUGAUGGUCUCCGCUCUCUCUCAAGUCAUCGGCAGCUCUUCAUCGUCAGUUGAUGGCCGCCGUGUUGUUCAACCCUACCAUCAAGAAGCAGCUGCAGGCCAUCCUCCUCAACAGCUUCCGCCGCCUGUCCAAGAUCACGAUCAAGCAGGCGGAGACAACACCAGAAGGCGGCACUACAGAGGUGUUCGGCAAAGGCCGUGGGGGAAAUGGGCGGCGGAGAUCCGAGACCCCAAAAAAGCAGCCCGAGUUUGGCUGGGCACCUUCGACACCGCCGAGGCGGCCGCGCUAGCCUACGACGAGGCCGCCCUCCGCUUCAAAGGCAGCAAGGCCAAGCUCAACUUCCCCGAGCGCGUCCACCUCAACCCUUCCCACUCCGGCUACCUCACCAACCGCCAACCGCCGACACCUUCUUAUAAUCUCGCCGGUGGCCGCGGCGGUGCUGUUCAGCUUCAUAACAGUAGUCAAGUCUAUCAUCCCAGCUUGUAUCCUCGGCCUCCUCAUCAUCCUCCUCAGCAGCAGCAGCAGUUUGUUCAGAGCGGUGGUUAUGGCUUCACCUACUCAUUCGGUGGCCAGCCGGCUCCGACGACGGGGUACCAGCCUUUCCCGACAACGAUAUCGGCUAUGUCUUCCACGUCAGCGUCCGAAUCGCUGCACCAACAACGACAGCAACAGGAGGAGGAGCUAUGGAGGCCGUUUUCCAUGCACUUCGGGAGUGCUGCUCAUAAUAAUUACACCUCUUCUUCUUCCUCCUCUUCUUAUCCUCCUCCUCCUUAUGAUGGUAUGGAUUUUGACUAGUGUUCGUACUGGUGGUGGGCGGUUGAUGAUUGGGAUUCUUUUCUCUCAUUUUUUUUUUUUUUUUUGGUUUUGGGUAUUUUGCUAUUUAGUUUUUGCUCAAAUUGAUCUUCCUGUUCUACUUCUGCAUUUCAUUCUCCAAUGUUUUUUUUUCUCUUUCGUCAUGGUGUGCUAUUUCUUCAUCAAUUAUAAUUGGAAGUACUAUGUAUCAAUGCGUUGUAAUGCAUGUUGA